CUCCUUGACCGUGUUGUCUGUCGCAGAGAGGCCGGGGCGUAGCUGUUGCCGCACGUGUAUGAACCAGUGUUUUGGUUUGAGUUCGCCAGUUGAAAUUGUCGAGAAACUAUCAACCGGAUCAAAUAUUCAUCAUGGCUUACUUUACCCAUUGCUGCUGCGGCUGUAUGACUGUCAAGACUGGCACCAAAGUGCUGGCAAUUCUGAGUGUGAUUGGUUUUACAAUUGGUUUGGUGACCUACUCAGCAGUCUGCGCAAACUUUGACAAAGUCUUGGAGAGCUACGAGGAGUUCCCAGAGCUGCAUGAUGCCGUGAAGUCGACCUAUGGGCUUCUCGUGGCCUAUGCAGUCAUCAGUGCCAUUGGCUUAGUAGCAGCCUGCCUUUGCAUCAGGGGAGCUUACACUGACCAACGACACCUGCUGCUCCCAUACUUGGUGUUUGAAGGACUGUUGAUGCUCGUCCAGGGCGUGACAAUCAUCAUUGUCAUUAUUGCAAUUGUCGCCAGUGGUGCCACUCAGUUCCUUGUACUCCUCUGCGCACUCAUGCUUUCCCUGGCCUUGCAGAUCUACUUUUUCAUGGUGGUGCUGUCGUUCUACAAGCAGUUGGCCUUUCUCAGCCAGAACCCAGGACAGGGGGGUAUGAUGACCCCAGGUGCUGUUUUGGUUCCCAGUGGUUAUGUGGCACAGCCAGGAUACCCUGACGCCCCACCACAGUACCAGCCACAGUACCAGCCACAGUACCAACCAUCUGCACCUGAUGGCAAGAUGGGCAUGGUGUAAAAGGGCAACUUCAAACAGUGGCAGUGAUUUACUGGUUGUUGUAGUGCCAGCUGCAAGCCUGCACAGCUAGCUGCUGUGUGGCCAUGUGACUGCUUGCAGACAUUUUUUCUGCAGUGCUGAAGUUGUACCUGCUGCACUUUCCAAAGGCAGUUUUUGUUGCCAUUGGUUAUUAUUUUUUUCUUUGUUUUGACCUCACUCGGUGUAUAUCCGGUGCGUCUUCAUUCACUUCUAGUCUGGUUUGGAAGCUGUUGAAGUUGUUCGAGCGGUGGAUGCAGGAAAAUUUUGGGUAGCCAACGACUUUCUUCACGAAUUCCAGUGAAAGCUGCAAUAAUGUAACUAUAUUUGAAAACUCUUUUCUCAGCGUAAGAAAGAAGUGUAUGGUACUCGUUCUGCCGCUCACUCGGUGAAAAAAAUAAGAAUGUGCAAUUUGCAAACAGGUUGAACCAAACUUGCGCAUUCCAGAGAAUCGUAAACUGGGUCCAUUCAAAUUUGUUGCUGCACUGUAUAGCAGAGCAUAUAUUUCCCACUGCACAGAGUACAAGUUCAGGUUUGGCCCCUGACAGUGUUUUGGUUUUCCUUUUAUUUUAGCCUCUUGGGUUGAGGGGAUCACUUUGUUACUUGUUUUAGCCUUUUUUUUUUAUUUGGGAAAUUGUUUAGGCAGUGUUGCAUUGACUCGAAUUUGAAUCUCCGCUUUAUGCUUAUUAUCAUGCAACUAUCUUUGCAACAGCUCUUGACAUUUGUGACAGGACCUUCAAUCUUACAUUUCAAAACAUCCUUUUUGUCUUAAUUUGUGCUAUAUUUACAUGUAGAUUCUAAAUAAUUUGAAUUUAAAGUGCUUAUUUGGUGUCAUAUUACAUCAGGCAAUUUUGCAUUGCCUGAAAUUUGAAUCUCCACUUUAUGCAUAUCAUCAUGUAACUAUAAUCUGCUACAGCUCUUGAAAUUUGUGACGUGACAUGGAAUCUGACAUUUCAAAACAUACUUUUUCUCAUAAUUUAAGAACGAGAAGAAAGGGGCUUCUCAUGAUAUAUUUUUUCAUAACUUGUGCUAUAUUUGCACGUAGAUUGUACAUAAUUUAAAUUUAAUGCGCUUAUUUGGUAUCAUAUUACGUUUGAGUGCAGCAGGCGACAACUUGCAAGUCACACUUCUCAUUGCUUGAAACAUCAAGUGUACUUACGCCUACUCUGCCUCAGCACUUUUUUGCGCUUGUAUUUCUGCGAUUUUCUAGUCUUUCAUGAGAGUUCUUGGAUUUCUUCUACUUCUUUGGCAUCAUUCAAGAAUUUUGUAAGCUCCUGAAUAUAAUGGGAGCGCCAUUUACAUAAGCGAUGUGCCUUGCAAUGUCCAGCUUACAGCAGUUACAGCGUACUUGUAUUGCAACAUACAACAGCCUAUGAAAUGUUACACCAUGCUUUUCCAGUGGCACUUGUUGAAUUGUGAAGCCACUGUUGAGGCAUCAAGCCUGUUCUCCACGUGCAUUUCUUUCUUUUUUUUUUUGAAGUUGUGGUAAAUGCAAGUCUUUUGCGUUGUCUCUUCUUUCAUGAAGGUGUUCAUGUCCCUGUUUUAUUUUCCUUGUGCAUUUUGCUCUCUGCAACCUUUGUGGUUGCCUUUUUAUGCAUUUUUGUGUGGUCCAGUUACCACAACUUAUUUUUACAAAGCAAUUCUUUGUUAAGCACGAAGAUUGUGCUUUGUUUGCAUUUAUUUGAUACAUUAAUAAAAUGGAAAUCCGUUUCCCAAAUCUUUUUGUCUUCAUAAUGGCUAGAUAAAUUUUUUUCCGCUGCAUUUCUAGCAUUCGGCAUUUGCUUUGCGUCACACAAAAAAUAGUUUGAAUACUUUUUGGUGCACAUAACAUCUGGAGCUAAAUUGUAGGUACCAGUCCCAUAGCAAACGAGGCAAGUCGGAGAAAAGGUUUAAGCAUUAGCUUUGUAUCGGCUAUCCAAUUGUUCAGCACAUGGUCAGGUCUGUAGCAGUGCAAGGGUGGAACAGCAGCAUGCAUGUCGGAGAGAAGCGAGAGGGGAAAAUUUAGCGCCUCCAGUUGCGCUUGCCACUAGUGGAGCCGUAACAGUAGGCUUUCGUUAAUUUGACUGGUUAAUUAGAUCGCGGCUCUUGCUCGUGCAUUUCUAUAGGACCAAACAUUUUUUGUAUCAAUCCUAAAAUUAGCUUUUGCCGGAUAAUUGAAACUUGACCAGUCGGCACGCACACGCCUGACCCCUAUGGUGACCCCUUUAGUGGCAGUGUGUGCCUCGGUGUAGCUUGGGGGACAAUGCCAGGGUGUCUACCAACCGGGAAUUCUCGGGGAUCUUGAGUAGUCUGGGAAAACUCGGGGAAAUUGUGCUCCUAUCAAGGAAAAUUACCUGUAAUUUUAUUGAAAGGGAACUGAAGUCUCUGUAAUGCUGGCUCGAGUAAUGGACAGGAAUCGUAACGAAUAGUCUUUGACGCCCUGUUGUCGGCUGGAGGAGUUGCCAGUGUACAGUCAACGACCGGCUUUCCGGAUGCCCGAUAAUUCGGGUGGCUUCGCGGCACCAUCACGUACCCCAUAGUCAAUGUAUCGGAAUGUCUGAAAUUUCGGACGCAAGAACCCUUCGCCGUCCGAUUUUCCAGACCUUUUGCCGCGACUGCAGGUCCAAAACGGCAUUAGUCAAAGCCAUCCACCACCGCUGUUUUGAUUACCGCACCGUCUCGAACCAGCGCUCUCGCACGCAGAUCCACUGGCAGCCGUAGCCACCACUGCGACAACCCUCGGCCUAGCUCCUUCUACAUUCAUUAUUAAGCUUCUUGCCAUUGGGUGGUGGGUUUUUCAUUGAAAGAAUUUGUCGCUGUCAGCAAUGGCACUGAUCCCACCUUUGUGGUCCUCGCUAUUGGCUUCGAAGCUCGGUGCGUUGCAUAAUUCCAGUUCCUGAAAGUCAGCUUUGCUUCUGUGCAGAAAUGUUACUUAGUGAAGCAUAUGCAAAAUAGUCAAGUGUUUGACAAAAACUCGUCUGGUGAGAAAACAUAUUGGUGCCAAAAAACGUUCACUCGCCAAGAAUAAGAGUAUAAAAGUAUUGCGGUGAAGCAUAAUGAGCAUGGGAAGGGACUAUUGCCACGGGACACGGUAUGUAUUCCUUAAUUAUACACUCGUGUACCCGGUAUCUGCUGUCGCAGUACGAGCACCGAUAUGCCUAAUAUGUGUACCGACAGGCCUUCAGAGCGUUUUCUAAUGUGCCUGUGGCAGUUUGAGCCCUCAAGGGCAGUAAAAGACUCAUUCAUUUUUCCCGACUGGCUGAUUUUUCGGACAUUUUCGCGGCCCCUAGGGAGUUUGAAAAAUUGGGACGUUGACUGUGCAACUGACCAAGAAGAUGCUUCAAAUGGUCCAUGGGGCGAACGAGCGACGGAAGAAGGACAAGAACAGAAAGGACCUACACGUUGAGGAAUGAAUAAGGAAGGAAGCAUGCUGCCGCUGUUUUGAAGGAGCUUGCACUCAAAAAACAAUGUGUUGGCUGAUGCUGAGAUGCAGGUGUACCUCAUCCAAACCAAAAUAAACUCUUUAAAGCAGUGAAACACAGUGAGGCGUUGUGCAUGGGCUGGGAGUAAGUUGGGAUAGUUCAGGUUGACUUGCGAGCUGUUGAGAGAGAAUGUCAAUUGUGACAAAGUUCGGGCCUCAUACCACUGAGCUUGCUAUAAGUUGAUAGAAAUAGCUCAUAUUCGAAAGUAUUUGCUUCUGUAUGUAUCUCCUUUUUAUUCGUAUUUGAGAAUGUCCGACUUUUUUUCGAAGACAUUUUAUUUGCUCUGCAUUUUACUAACCCCUCCCUUCUGUUCUCUUUUUGAAUAACAUAAACACAACUCCUUAGUAUUCAAACUGUAAUCAGACUGGAUUAAGUCUUUCUUUUUCACAUGCUUACUAGAGAGUGACAGCAUCGGGCGACAUGGUUUCAGCCCGUCUUGACAUAAAACAUAGUCCUGCGACACCCAGGGCAUUUUGCAGAGGCACUCUGGGAAAAUCUGGAAAACUCUGGGAAUUUGGAAAUGUCAACUUGGUAGACACCCGAAUGCAUGCGUUUGCCAUGUAUUAUGUCCCAAAAAAAGAAAACUCCUAUUUUAGGCACGCCCUAGGAAGCUUUUCGAAGAAUACACACAGUUCACAACGUCUGAUCAGGAUGUGUACCAGGUUUUAAGGUGCGCCUGCAUUUUUUCUGGAAGAUGGGCCGGAAAUUGCCUGCACGGCGCAAUCUGACACAAAACCAUCUUCGCGGCGUUCUUAUGCUUUACCACAUAACACGGAUGUUGACAUAACAUGGCAAAACUGUGCGGUGAAGCUGACUUUAUUAAACUGGCCGCCAAUGUUCAACACAUAUUAGAUCUUUGCCCAUUUUGUUGCUGAAACAUCGGAUGUGCAUUACAUUAUUUACUUUGUUUAAGAGUAUUAAUGUAAUUUCUAUGUUUGUUUUCUCAUUUGUACCCGUAGUAAGUGGGCAUGCGUUUCAUUUAAAGGUGUAUUAGAAUAGUACACAUACUGCCAAAUGAAUCUGCAAUGUGUGUUGGCAUAUUUUUCUGAAUCUUGUUUUAUUUCAAACCUGCCGGAUAAUUCAAUCAAUUUCGUCGGUCCUGUUGGGGUCAAAUUAAUGGACGUCGACUACAUAACAUAAGGAAGAGAUGCGCACUUGACAGGGCAGUGCAUCAGUUGGUGCGCGUCACUUCAUAUCGUGCCAAACUCUUUUGCACAGUCAGCGGGGACCUACGGCACUAACUCAAUUCCUCUUGCUUUGACAUGCAAGUCACUGUGUAUCAUGCGACUAUCUUCCUGUAUGUGUUACCCACUUGUCUUUGUUUUGUCCUUUAGAUAGUUUAUAUAAAAGGCUGCGUAAGUGGCCUGUGGAACUUGCUAAGCAGCUUCUUGGCGAAGGACUGUACAUACUGAUCUAAAGAGGCUGAGUGCCAAACCUGUGCACUCACUUAAACACUAUAUAUAUAUAUACACACACGCAUACACACGCCACCACCUAGGACGCUUCUGGUCUGCCGAGAUUGAGAAGUUGCAUGCUGUAGUCGCAACACGCCAGAAUUCCAGGUUAUUUUGAAGAAGCCAGCGCUGUCUAAAAAUCAUUAUCAGUGGCUUCUACCGGAAUUUAUGUCAUUAUUUUUACUCGUGCAAGCUUAAAAGGUUGAUUCCAGUACAAAUGCACAACAAAAAAUUGUAUUUGCGUGAUUGUAACAUGAAUUUUUUUUAUGUGGUUACUAUAUAGUUACUACAGCCCUUCACACUUUGUGCGAGCGUCCUGCAGGGGCUGAUGGAGAUUAUGUUCCUCUCAUGAUUGCGAAGGUGCCUUAUAUAUGGAGUCCAUUCUACAAUAUUCACCACUGUCGAACCAUUUAUUGUACAGUAGUGUCAUUUACCAAUCAGAACAAAGAGACAAGUCCAAGUGACAUCUAAUUCAACUUUUUCUUAAAGCUGUCCUUAACAAAUGCCUACAUUCGGCAAAGGUGCAAAUUGCACAUGCCAACUACGUUUGUGCAGUGUGUUCUUUUCUGAUGCUUCAUCAUCAAGGUAGCCCCAGAUAAAAUCAGAUCCUUAUGUACGCACUAUAAUACACACACUUUACUGCAAGAACCAGCCAAAAGGUGGAUUCUGUGGAGGUGUGCUGUUUACAGUACAGAACCCCAACCUUCAAGGAUGACAUGAACAUGCAAGACAUGCUAUGUACCCUUGCGCUAUGCUAAAAAACUGGGUCUGUUUUGCUGGCCUCCAUCAAAAGUGACUGUUAGACCCUUAGUGCAUGGUGGGCACUCCACUCUCUGACUGAAAAGUAAAAAAAAAAGAAAAAUCUGUUGUGAAAACAGCAUUUUCUUACCAGAUGUUUACCAUUUUCUAAAUAAAGUUCAGUUUUACUCACAAAAUAAACUGUGCAUGAAAGAGUUACAGAUGUCAUCACAGAAAAGUGCAAUGCCUAGAUGCAACUAAGUAUAAAAUAUUGACUGUAACAAUGUCCAGUGCCCUUGUGCAAUAAUGCACCAGAGUAUUUGGGACAUGGUCUGCUGACAUCAUUUAUGAGGACCACUUGUUCAUGCAGAUCCUGGGCAGUGUUGUAAUUGCAACAUUGGCCUGCAAAUGCAUUGUGGAGGACCUCUUCUAUGCUUCCGUGGUAUCAUCCCUGCGUGAAUUCAGAUCAUCGCUGGCACUGCCAUAGUUUAUACCACCAGCUUUUGCCGGAGCGAGAGGUCAGCCAGCUCUGUGCUGAGUAGUAGAAUGAAGCUUUACCUCAGGAACUCCUAUACAUAUAUAUACAUACGUGGGAAUGGGGAAACCAUUUUGCUCGGCAUCCACGGCACUGAAUUUGGAGAGGUUUGUUGCACUUGAAAAGAAAAAGUCUUGUGAUUUUAGGAAGCAAAUUUUUAUUUAUGCUGUUUUUUUUUUACAAAACUGAUGUAAUGUAAUAGAUAUAUAUAUGUACUCUGCUCUCAAAUGUACCUCUUAAUUGUGAGUACAGCUUUCAUAAAACCCUCAUAAGCAUCGUAACAAUUUCUGUAAAGUUGUAUAUUGAAUUGGUCCACUUUAGAUGCUCCAACAGAUGCAGUGUACAGAACUGCCAUAUCUGCCUUUGGUGUAGAGUUACAAAUUUGUAAACAUUGUGCUUCAUUUUUUAAUGCAUUAGUGUUGGGGGUGUCAAAGCAGAAAUGUGUGUGCGUAUGUGUGUGUGUGUGUCUGGUGCAACUGGGUGCUUCGCUCCUGGAAGAGGACGUGUGUCCUGUGAGCUCCUAAACAACACUUUGCAACGGGAGCUGAAAGUGGUGCUAUGUAAAUUGCCAGUGAAUUUUUCAAAGCUUACCUAUUUUGCCAAUUGUAAGAAGUAUGUGGUCCUAAAUAAAAAUUCUGUUUCCUAC